AUGGCUUCCUCUACGAAUAUCAAGGUCGUUUGCCGAUUCCGGCCACCAAAUUCUCUUGAAUUGCGUGAAGGCGGCGAAAUCGUAGUAUCCUUCAGUGAUAACCUGCAGACCGUGCAGCUCCGCUCAGCACAGCUCAGUUCGGGUCCAGAGAGGGAUGGAUUCACAUUCGACAGGGUGUUCCCUCCUGGGACGAAACAACAUGAAGUAUUCGAUUACGGUGUCAAAGAGAUCGUGAAGGAUGUCUUGGAUGGAUACAAUGGCACAGUAUUUGCGUAUGGGCAGACGGGUAGUGGAAAGACAUUCACGAUGAUGGGCGCGGAUAUUGACUCCCCAGACUUGAAGGGCUUGAUUCCCCGAAUCACAGAGCAGAUCUUCCAAUCGAUUGUCGAGUCGGACGCGCACCUGGAGUAUGUGGUGAAAGUCUCCUACAUGGAGAUCUAUCUUGAACGAAUCAGGGACUUGUUGGCGCCGCAAAACGAUAAUUUGCAGGUCCAUGAGGAGAAGAACAAGGGUGUCUAUGUGAAGAAUCUGUCGGACUACUAUGUUAGUAGUGCGCGCGAAGUAUACGAAAUCAUGCGACAGGGUGGUGCUGCCCGAGUAGUUUCCUCGACUAAUAUGAACGCUGAAAGUUCACGCUCUCAUUCCAUCUUUCUGAUUACGAUUCAGCAACGAAAUACAGAAACAGGAGCGCAGAAGAGUGGAAAUCUCUAUCUCGUCGAUCUGGCGGGUUCGGAGAAGGUUGGCAAGACUGGUGCUUCCGGCCAGACGCUCGAGGAGGCCAAGAAGAUCAACAAGUCGUUGUCCGCCCUCGGUAUGGUCAUCAACGCCCUCACCGACGGGAAGGCAAAACACGUUCCUUACCGAGACUCCAAGUUGACGCGAAUCCUGCAAGAGUCGCUUGGUGGUAACUCAAGGACUACACUCAUCAUUAACUGCUCGCCGUCUUCCUACAACGAGGCCGAGACACUUUCCACUCUACGCUUCGGUAUCCGUGCCAAGUCCAUCAAGAACAGUGCUCGCGUCAACGCUGAGUUGUCGCCUCUUGAGCUCAAAGGUCUACUGGCAAAGGCUCAGGCAGCAAAUACGCAAUAUCAGAAGUAUAUUGCUGCGCUCGAAGCCGAGCUCGCUAUCUGGCGCGCUGGCGGCCAUGUUGACCAGGCAGACUGGGCAUCAUCAGACAAGGCUAGCUCGGGCGUGGUCUCAGCACCAAAGAAGGCGCCGACGUCACCGACACCAUCAUCAACUCGCAGCGCUACACCUAUCAUUCCUGCCCUGGAGGGUCUGCGUAACGAUCUGGACAGCCGACCGCAGACGCCUACUGUAGUUGGUCUGGAUAAGGAUGAGCGCGAGGAAUUCUUGAAACGGGAGAACGAGCUCAGCGAUCAGCUGGCAGAGAGGGAGUCCGCCCUCAAUGGCGCACAGAAGCUUGUGGGCGAACUUAAGGAAGAGCUUGCGUUCCUCAAGGAGCAAGAGGCCUCCUUAUCCAAGGAGAACAAGACCAUGUCUGGUCAACUCAACGAGUUCCGUCUCCAAGUCGAACGCCUGGACUACGACAACAAGGAGAGCGUGAUCACCAUCGACAUCCUCAAGGAGCAGAACCAGGAUACAAAGGCUGAGUUGGACGAGCUCAAGAAGACCAUUUCAGAGCUUAAGGCUGCUCAGAAGGAUGCGUCCGCCGAGGACAAGGAGAAGCGCAAGCAGGAGAAGAUGGCACUCAUGAUGGCCAAAUUUGACGCAGGCACUUUCUCCGAGAAGGAUGAACAGCUCCGUCAAUUGCUUGCGAAGCUUGACCAGAUUGACACGGAUGCUGCUGUGUCAUCCUUGUCGCAUGAGGAUGUCGUUGCGGUCCGUCGGCAGUUGACUGACGGGCAGGCGCUCAUUCGCGAGACUGUCGACCGCCUGAGACAAAGUCAAGAGGAGAACGAGAUGAAUUCUCGCAGACGCGAUGAGCUCGAGGCUCGCAUCUCUGCUUUGGAAGCCGAGUACGAAGAGCUUCUUGAGAAGACCAUCCACGACGAGGAAAUCAGCAACGUCGAUGUUGCUGAGUCGAUGGCAGAACUGAAGAACAAACUCGAAGCGCAAUACGCCGCUAAGCGCGAUGCUCAUCUGAGCGAAGUGCAAGAUCUCAAGCAGCAACUGGAGCUGCGGUCAAGUGAAAUCCGCACCCUUAAUGCGACCAUUGACAGCCUGAAGAGCGUAAAUGAAGAGCUCAAGCGGGCAUUCGCGGUCACAUCAGCUGGUAUCGAGGGCGGUAAGAACCUUGCUGAGAGCGCUCAGGAUCUCGAGCGCACUCGGAAGGCGAUUAGCGUCCAGCUGGCAGAAUUUGACGGCGUGAAGAAAUCGCUCAUGCGUGAUCUGCAGAACCGUUGUGAGAAGGUCGUCGAACUCGAGAUCCAGCUCGAUGAGAUCAAGGAGCAGUACAACAAUGUUAUACGCAACAGCAACAGCAAGGCUCAACAAAAGAAGAUGGCGUUCCUGGAACGCAACCUUGAACAGUUGACCGUAGUACAAAAGCAGCUCGUCGACCAGAACUCCGCGCUCAAGAAGGAAGCGGGGAUCGCGGAGCGCAAACUGCUUGCACGGAACGAGCGGAUACAGAACCUGGAGGCGCUCCUCCAAGACGCUGACCGUAGGCUUGCUGCUCAGAACCAGAAGUUCGAAGCACAAUUGCAGGCGGUGAAGGAGAGGCUUGAGCAAGCACGCGCGCAAAAGGCGGCGUCAUCCUCACCACUCAGCUUCGGUCGCAUUGCCAAGCCGCUGCGCGGUGGAGGCGGUUCUGCUGCAAGUGCGGCCGCUACGAGUACAAGUCCAUCACUAGGUUCGACUUCUGCCAAUCCGCUGGCGAGGAUACAGAACGAGGAGACAGGCACCGGAGCCAAGCGAGCAUCUUGGUUCUUCAACUCACGGUGA